GCUGACGCCUAUGCCAUGCACAGAGGAACUGAUAGGCAGACCUUACAAUAUGAAUUUGUGAACCGAUUUGAUCACCAAAUUGUCUGUUUGACGACACCUUAGUGCCAGUCCUGAUAUUUUUACAAGUCUAUUCAAGUCUCUCACUUCAAAUUGUUGACAAUCCACGUCAACAGAUAUCUUUAUGUUAAGAGACUAAAGUUAACUAUAUUAGUUAGAUGAGAAGAAAUUUUAUUUUGAUCUGUUGAAAGGAAACGUAUUCGAGAUGCUGAAGGCUGUGAUAUUAAUUGGAGGGCCGCAAAAAGGUACUCGCUUUCGACCUCUGUCCCUAGAGCUUCCAAAACCUUUGUUUCCAGUUGCUGGAUUCCCCAUCAUCUAUCAUCACAUAGAAGCAUGCAGCAAGCUUCCAGAUAUCCAAGAUGUUCUGUUGAUUGGAACAUAUCAGCCUAGUGACUCUCUCAACAGAUUCAUCACAUCAACACAGAGAGAGUUCAAGUUUAACAUCAGAUACCUUCAGGAGUAUACAGCUCUCGGAACUGCAGGAGGGCUCUACCAUUUUAGAGACCAGAUACUGAGUGGACAGCCCAAAGGGUUCUUAGUCUUCAAUGGUGACGUGUGCUGCAAGUUCCCUCUGGCUGACCUGUGGGACUUCCAUGAAAAGGUGUCACAAGAUGUUCACUAUACAAUGCUGUCAACCGAGGCAACAAGGGAUCAAAGUCUUUCAUAUGGAUGUUUGGUGGAGAAUGAGAAUACACAUGAGGUCAUGCAUUAUGUGGAGAAGCCCCAGACGUUUGUUAGCACUGUGAUCAAUUGUGGACUAUACGUCUUUCCUCCAGAGAUCUUUCAGCAUAUUGGAAAAGCUUUCCAGCAAAACCAGGAUGAAGUACUCAAUGGAGACCCAUUAUUCCCAUCAAAGGACACGAUACGCCUUGAACAAGACAUCUUAGCACCGCUAGCAAGCACAGGAAAACUCUUCACAUUCAAGACAAAUAACUUCUGGAGCCAAAUUAAAUCUGCAGGGUCAGCAAUCUAUGCUAACAGGUUAUAUCUUAGUCUGUACCAUGAAACACAUCCAGAUAGAUUAUCUAAUCCUAAAUCAGAAAGAGGGCCAUCGAUUAGAGGAGAUGUCUACAUACAUCCUACUGCUACCGUUGAUCCAACAGCUACACUUGGUCCAAACGUAACAAUAGGAGCUAAUGCAACGAUUGGAGCUGGGGUCAGAGUCAGAGAAUCUAUUGUUCUAGAAGGUGCUACACUACAAGAUCACUGCUGCAUCCUGCAUAGUAUCAUUGGAUGGAACAGCAUGGUUGGGGCGUGGUCAAGAGUUGAGGGUACACCCAAUGACCCUAACCCCAACUUAGACCAUGCCAAGAUUGAUAGUGGUACACUCUUCAAUGGAGAAGGAAGACUCAACCCAUCUAUUACUAUCUUGGGUACCAAUGUGAGCAUUCCUCCAGAAGUAGUGGUGCUGAAUGCAAUUUUGCUACCAGAUAAACAACUCUCGUCCAGCUUCAAGAACCAGAUAUUGCUCUAAAGUACAGAUUUAGCACUCCCAAAGUGGAAAAUCAUGGGAGGUGGUGAUCAAAUAUGGUAAUAAGGUAAAAUAUUUAAGUACCAGAUAAGUGCAUUAAUUGUAAUGAGGAUAAUAUGAAUGAAUUUGUAGUGUCAAGAUACACAAAGUAAAUGUUUUCAGAACUUACAAACGUUGAAAAAUAGGAAUGUUAUUGACAUGGAUAAAUGCAACCAUUCUCCUGUGUAUUCAUAUUGAGAAUGAUAUGUUUGAGUUUUAAGAGGUAUGAUACAGUGCUUGUCUGUAUUUGAUUACUUACAAUCACCUCUUGGGAUAAUAAGGUAUAUCCAAUAUAUUUAGAUACAUUGUUCUAAUGUAUUAAGUGCCAUAUAAACAUGUACCUGUAGUUAUCAAAUAAAUGUUUGCAUUUAUUUACCCUCAAAAUCAAUUCUAUGUUCAAAGCAUUAACUGUCAUUAGAACUCGAGUUUAUCCUCCUUUUUUAACUUGUUGAUAGAUGGACAGAAUAGAUUAAAAUGAAUAAGAAGUUUGAAGAAGAGAAUGCAACAUAAGUAUGAUAUUUGUCAUUUAUUUGUAUAAAUUAACGGCUUUAAAAAUAAAACAGUCAUAAUCAGUCUAAUCAUGUUGUAUUCAGAACUUGCAUGUAUACCAUAGUUUGAGAUUAUAUUUGUUAAAAUGAAAAAUAAAAGAUCAAAUGCCCUAUGUAUUUCCUACUACCGACCUAAGUAUAAUUAAAUCUCUUAAUAUGUUCUCCCAGCGGGCCCUGCAUAACAUAACAUUAUUAUUACUUCUCCAUUCUAUACAUAUCGUGCACCUGAUAAGAAGGCAGAAGGUCCUUUGUGUCUGGUAUCACUCGGCCUUGCAUCAAACCCGCCACCUGUUCAAGCGGCGGGUGCUCUACUACUGCAUCCGGUUUAACAUUUUGUAUUAGAUCUCAGUCCAUUCAAGAAAUCUCGAUGUUGAAAUCAAAGAAAAGCGCACAGAUACAUUACAUGGUGUAAAUUGCACCGUUUUUAUUGAUUUCUUGUAUUGAUAAUUUGUAGGGCUAAUGAUAUUUUCAAAAAUGAAGAAGUAUAUGUUCAAUCAUAUAAAAGUCAAUCAUACUUAGAAGUACUUGUAGGGAGCAUAAGAUGUAGAUUGAUAUCGUCAAUAUUAAUUUAUUAUAAAGUCAAAAAGGGGCCUAAGCUUUCGAUCCUAGCAGAAUCUUCGUCGGAGGCAAAAAUAUUAAUUUAUGUGCAGGAAUUAAAAUAUUAAUUUAUGUGCAGGAGAUAUUUGUUUUAUUUCAUAUUAGGUUUGAAUAGUUUGGAUAAGUCUUGUGUAAUAGAUCUGUAUAUUAUGAAUUAAGGCAUGAAUAUUGGUCUGAUAUAGGACUGAUCUAUUUUGUAUUUAUUGUAUGGAAUGUAUAAAGAUUAUUCAUGUGGUAAUAUUGUGCAUAAUAAAAAUUAUUACUUUAUACAAUUA